UCUUUUCUUUGGUCUUUCUCUUUCUUUUCUUUCUCUCUCUCUCUCAUUUGUUGAAUAAACUCUUGUGCUUGGUAGGUUGUGCCGUUGAGUGAGAUGGGCCCUUAACUCCACUGAAACAUUUUAAUGGGACUCUAUCUCCUCUUUCAGUGCUCUCUUUGCCCCCAUUUUGUUUGCUGUCUCGCAUUUUAAGUUUUCUUUUUUGCCAAUUUCUUUUUCUUUUUUUUUUACUUCUUAAAUGAGAAAAAGAUAAGAUUCUGGGGCUUCUGUUUUCUCCCUUAUGAGCCCAUGGCAGGCUGUUUUAUGGGGUUUUUGUAUUUGGGUUUUUGAUUUUACACGCUAGUUUUGCAGAUUAUCUGGUAAAAAUGUUGGAUUUAUUUGGUAUUCAAAACUUUGGCUGACUGGUUUUUGAGCUCUGAGCCCCCUUUCACUCUGGCAAAUUUCCUUCUUUUUGAGAUUAUCGAGAUCUCGGAAAUUGUUCGUUCGAAAAUGGAAAACUUUGAAGUGAAGUGGUGAUGAUAGUGAAAUUUGUGAUUUGUAGUUUAUGUUUAUUGGGUGAAAGAAUGAUGGUUGAGAGAUAGGGCUUGAUUCUGGAGGUGGGUUGUGGUGAGUUUGGUGUUGGCUAGUUGUUGAACGCGGAAAGCAUGGACAGAAUGAUUCAACCUCCUUUGGUUGAUACAACCGCUUGUUUAUGUAGAGUAGAUGCUGGACUCAAAACUGUUGCUGGGGCAAAAAAAUAUGUACCUGGUACAAAGCUCUGUCUUCAACCUGAUAUUAAACCAUCUAUUCAUCCAACAAGGAACAAGCCAGCACGCGGUGAUAGGAGCCGUCACCAAUCUCCUCUGCUCCCAGGACUCCCCGAUGAUCUUGCUAUUGCUUGCCUAAUACGGGUCCCCAGGGUUGAGCACAGAAAGCUCCGUCUGGUCUGCAAAAGAUGGUAUAGACUUUUGUCUGGUAACUUCUUUUAUUCUCUCCGUAAGAGCCUUGGAAUUGCUGAAGAAUGGAUUUACGUGAUUAAGAGAGAUCGGGAUGGAAAAAUUUCUUGGCAUGCCUUUGAUCCCAUAUACCAGCUCUGGCAGCCUCUCCCUCCAGUCCCUAAGGAAUAUUCUGAAGCCCUUGGGUUUGGAUGUGCUGUCCUCAGUGGUUGUCACCUUUAUUUGUUUGGUGGUAAGGAUCCAUUAAAGGGAUCAAUGCGACGAGUCAUAUAUUAUAGUGCCAGAACAAAUAAAUGGCACCGUGCCCCAGAUAUGCUUCGUCGAAGACAUUUCUUUGGUUCAUGUGUUAUAAACAAUUGCUUGUAUGUUGCUGGUGGAGAGAACGAGGGGGUACAUCGGUCAUUGAGGUCAGCUGAAGUCUAUGAUCCCAACAAGAAUAGAUGGUCUUUUAUUUCAGAAAUGAGCACAGCAAUGGUGCCCUUCAUUGGGGUUGUAUAUGAGGGGAAGUGGUUCUUGAAGGGGCUUGGACCUCACCGACAGGUGCUGAGCGAGGUCUACCGACCAGAAACUGACAGCUGGUACCCUGUCUAUAAUGGAAUGGUUGCAGGCUGGAGGAAUCCAUGUGCCUUCUUAAAUGGGCACCUUUAUGCUUUGGACUGCAAGGAUGGUUGUAAGCUUAAGGUUUAUGAUGAAGUGACUGAUUCUUGGAGUAAGCAUAUUGACAGUAGGAUACAUUUGGGCAAUUCUCGGGCUUUGGAGGCGGCAGCUUUUGUUCCGCUUAAUGGAAAACUUUGCAUUAUUCGGAAUAAUAUGAGUAUAUCCCUGGUUGAUGUUUCAAAAUCUGACGAUCUGAGGGGAGCUACUGCUGAACAUUUAUGGGAAACUAUAGCAGGGAAGGGUCAUUUCAAGACCUUGGUUACAAAUCUUUGGUCUAGCCUUGCUGGCAGGAACCGGCUGAAAAGCCACAUAGUUCACUGCCAGGUUCUCCAAGCAUAAUGGCUGUAAAUUUUUCCAAUAUAGGAUUGGCUCUGUAGUUCAUGCCUUCUGGUAUCUCUUGAAUGUGAUGGGGUUGAGAAGCCAAUAGCUUGCCAGAAUGUUGCUUCUGUUGCACAUAAAUCCUUUGUUGUAGGGUUGAGAAGCCAAUAGCUUGCCAGAAUGUUGCUUCUCUUGCACAUAAAUCCUUUGUUGUAGGUUCGUAUCAAUGUCAAAGGAUUGGAUAUACCAUGAGGUAUGGGUGGUAUCAAUGAGGAUUUCUGUUUUUGAUAGGUUGUUAGUGUUACAAAUAUUUAUAUAAUACACAGUUGUUACAUGUAGAAAAUUGAAAAAGCCUGUUCACUUGUUCUUUAGUUCUUCAAAUGAUUGCAAGCCUGAAACUGCAUCGGUCUUUUUUAUCUGUCACCAUUUAUGAGCAGGUCAGUGUGACAAUUUCAUCUGCCACUAUCUCUGUAAUGCGUUUCAAAGCUUCGAUAUAAACUUAACAGGAAACCAUGGAGCAAUUGGUGCCUUGACAGGACGAAUAUAGUUAGCAUGGCACCGUCCAGGCACAACAGGUCAACAUAGUGUAAUGUUUUUUUUCAAGAUGUAGUUUAAAUGUAAAAGAGAUGAUGAACGAGUAUGAUUUUAGC